GUCACAGUGCUCCACUGUCAAAACAAAUCACACGUGUUUUGUUGAAAAUUCUUCCUUUUGUUAAAUUUAAAUAAUUACCCUCAAAGUACCAGAUGAAUUAAGGAAUUUAUUAAGCAGAACAAUUAAAUACAGUGCUAGUGAAAAAGUAAUAGUGAAAAAAGUGAAAAUAUCAGGUGACAAAUCAUAGAAAUCUGCUGAUAAACAAUCUUCUGGAUCCUGAAGGAAUCUUCUGAAGGCAAAUCCUUGGUCAGGUAAUCAUAUCCUCUAGCAAUGGAUGAGUUAGAGGGCUUCUCAUUCACUCCAAAAGUGAAGAAAGAGGAAAAGCAGGUGAAGAAGAAAAAGAAGAACAGUGGAGGCUUCCAGUCAAUGGGACUGAGUUUGGGAGUCUUGAAUGGGAUCACGAAGAGAGGGUACAAGUUCCCCACUCCCAUCCAGCGAAAGACAAUUCCUUAUAUUUUGGAGGGAAGGGAUGUAGUUGCAAUGGCAAAGACAGGAUCAGGGAAGACAGCAGCUUUUCUCAUUCCGCUUUUUGAGCGUUUGAAGCAGCGGAAGGAGUCCGGAAGCCCCCGGGGAGUGAUAUUGUCUCCCACCAGGGAACUUGCUAUUCAGACUUACAAGUUCAUUAAGGAUCUGGGGAGGUUUCUAAAUCUGAAAACUGUACUGAUUCUCGGUGGGGAUUCCAUGGACCAUCAGUUUUCUGCCAUUCACACGAAUCCGGACGUUCUGGUGGCCACUCCGGGCAGGUUCUUGCAUGUUUGCGUGGAGAUGAAUCUGAAGUUGACGGAUGUGAGUUAUGUGGUGUUUGAUGAGGCUGAUCGGUUGUUUGAAAUGGGAUUUGGGGAGCAGUUGACGGAGAUUCUGCACAGAUUGCCUCAUUCCAAGCAAAUGGUCAUGUUCAGUGCCACUCUGCCCAGGAUAAUGGUAGAUUUUGCCAAAGCUGGCCUCACAGAUCCCGUCCUCAUCCGUCUGGACGUGGAAUCCAAGCUGCCGGAAGCUCUGGAGCUGAAAUAUUUGUACUGCAGGAGUGAGGAAAGGUAUUCCGCUCUCCUGACUCUUCUGAAGCAUGUGAUCCCUGAAGACGCCCAGACGGUGGUCUUUGCAGGAACUCAGCACCACGUGGAGUUCAUCUCGAUGCUCCUGACCAAGGUGGGAAUUUCCAGCACUUUCGUCUACUCCAAUCUCGAUCCGUCAGCCCGAAAAAUCAACACGGCAAAGUUUCAGAACAAGAAAGCUUCAGUCCUCGUGGUGACAGAUGUCGCUGCUCGCGGGAUUGAUAUCCCGAAUCUCGACUACGUCAUCAACUUCUACUUCCCCGGAAAGCCCAAACUCUUCAUUCAUCGCGUGGGACGCUGUGCUCGAGCUGGACGUUCCGGAACAGCUUUUUCCCUUCUCUGUACAGACGACCUGGCCCACUUCUUCGAUCUCAAUGUCUUCCUCAAUCGCCCCAUUGACUUCUCUGACCCCAAAUCUAUCGGUUCCAUCCCGGAUAGUCUCCUGGAGAGCGAACAGAAUGCCUUCCGGGAACUGUCGCAGCAUUCGGAUCUGGCCAAAAUGUUCCAGACCACGGUCAAUGCUUACAAGCAAUACUUGAGAUCCAGACCAUCGGCUUCGGCGGAGUCCAACAAGAAGGCCAAAACCUUCAACAGGCUCAAUCUGAAGACACUGGAUGUGUUCGAGGAUGCAGAAGGAGAGACCGGGAUGAGGGAGAGGAAGGAGGAUUUGGUGAAAAAGAUCAAUGACUACAAACCCGUGAGGACGAUUUUUGAGCUGAAUCCUCAAAAAACUGUUCAGAGCGAAGUGAUGAAGGCCGAGAGGAACAAGCACAAGAAGGUCAUCGAGAAGUUCAAGGCCAGCAAGGAAAUCAAGGACAACGAAAAGAUGGUGGAGAAGAAGAAGACACAGAAAGAUCAACCGUGGAUACCAUAUCAUUCAGCUGAUAAGCAUACGGAAGAUGGCCUGGCGGUGAAUUCUUUCAGUCGCGAAGCCAAUGAGGCUGUUCUCAAUGUGGCUCCGGACAACAAUGAGGGCAUGCAGAUUGCCCGGAAGCUGAAGAAGUGGGAUCGUGUGAAGAAGAAGAUGGUACCUGUGCAGGAUCCGAGGGAGGGAAAGAUCCGAACGGAAUCGGGAGUUUGGAUACCGGCAACGUACAAAACCAAUCGGUACGAGGAAUGGAAGGAAAGGACAAAGAUUGAGGAGAGUCAGAGAGAUGAUGAAGAUGCACCCAAGAUGGAGAAGUAUCCGACGAAGCAAUGGGCCAGGCACAAUGUCAAUGUGAAGAUGAAGAAGCGCAAAGCCGAUCUAGAUCUCAAGGAUCCGGCACAGAUUGUAAAAAAACGCAUCCGCUUGGAAAAUCUCAAGAACAAACAGAUGCAGAAUCAGAAGAAGAAUGCUGCCAAACGCAAGAUGGGACUCUUCAAGCAUGGCAAAGGUGGAAAGGGUGGGAAGAAACACAAAUGAACAAUAAAGUUUUGUUUUAUUUA